CCAGAACUGCCAAUGUUGAAGAAGCUGACAGUCUCCAUCCUCCAGUGGGCACAAGGAAAAAGGAAAGCUUUGGUCAUUACUGAAAGGAUUCUCCCUUGAGCUCUUUUGAUCAAUAAAGGAGUUCUUCUAAUGGAGAUUUCUUCCAUAGGAGGGUCAUCUGAACUGGGUAUGGAGGAUCCUAGGUUCAUCAAUCAGUGGCACAUGAACUCUGUCGAUGAGCUCAGCUUACUGCCACUAGCAGCUACAUUUGGAGAGAGUUUGCAACACUCAUUCACUCAUCCAAACUUCAAUCUCAAAAACGCCAUGGCAACUCCUCAGACUGGUACUGACAUACCCAUGAAACAGCUCAAAUCCAACGGCUGGAACUCUUACAAACUUGAAGAUGCAUCAUAUCCACAACUUCCCCCUACUCCAAGCGUUCUAUCAUUUGCCAAUGCGAACUACGCAAAUCAAAUGGGGAUUGUAAAGCCUAAAGAGGAGGCAGUAUGUUCCCAGAGCAUGAACACCCUUCCUUCUGAUAUUUUAAUUUCUCAAGGUUCCUUGGGGAACCAAAAUUAUGUAUUUAAGGCCUACCAGGGUGGUAAGAGGAUUAACACAAGCACCAGACUUUCUCAAACACAAGAUCACAUUAUAGCAGAAAGGAAAAGGCGAGAGAAGCUCAGCCAGCGGUUCAUUGCUUUGUCUGCUAUAGUUCCUGGCCUAAAGAAGAUGGACAAGGCUUCUGUUCUUGGUGAUGCUAUUAAAUACCUGAAACAACUGCAAGAGCGAGUGAAGACGCUUGAGGAACAAACUACGAAGAAAAACAUAGAAUCAGUGGUCUUUGUAAAGAAGUCACAACUCUUCGUUGAUGGUGACAACUCCAACUCAGGCUUCUCCAGCGAACCGCUCGAUGAGCAUCUACCAGAAAUUGAAGCAAGGUUCUGUGACAAAAAUGUCCUCAUAAGAAUUCACUGCGAGAAAAGGAAAGGAGUGCUAGAGAAAUCGAUCACUGAAAUUGAAAAGCUCCACCUAACAGUCAUUAAUAGUAGUGUCAUGACAUUUGGGAGUUCUGCUCUCGAUAUCACUAUUAUUGCUCAGAUGGAUGAGGGAUUCUCCAUGACAGUAAAGGAUCUUGUGACGAAUCUGCGCUCAGCUUUUGAACUUAUCCUGUGAAACCAAGUUGCAAUUUCAGCUAAGAUGUGGAAUAAACACUUUCAUAGUUUCUUUGCUGCUGCUAGAAGCUUCAGAAGACUAGGAAUAAUCCUCAAAUAUACAAUCGGUCCUUGUCUUAUCUUUUUACUUAAUUUCUGCUUACAGGGCCUGUAAUGGUGUACCAUCUUAGACCAUCUAUUUUUAAGCUUAUUUGCUGUGAGGUCCAUUUAUUGGGUGGGUUUUUUUUAUGUUAAUUUUUGCAUGGUUAAAUUCUUGACCAUGUUAAUGACCCACCUGUUUCAAAAGAGUGACAUGACAGCUUGUCUGGGCAUUUUUUGUGUGUGAUGUUGAAAGAAUGUCAACUGAACCUGUGUUGUGUCCCCUUCUCUCCUGAAGUGGUUGAAGAGGGAAAAUGGUUUUUUAGUGUAGACCAGCAGGCCUCUGUUUCAGUAGUUGUUGCUUUGUCAUGUUUUAGAGGCACCUUGAAAGAAAAUUCUUCUUGGACCUCUUUUCUCCCUUUAAUGCUGUAAUGUCAUUGGAUUGUAACAGUUGAGUUGAUAUAAUGCAAUAAUUGUGACUUUUUAUUCA